GCCCAAUUCUGCCGCGUUCCGUAUAGCGGAAACAGGCGAGCCCAACAAAAGUUGUAGGCGUGUGUUUUCGGCUCCUCCGUUGUGCUUCACGGGUAAGGUCUAGUUGGUAUUUGCGGGCUCCCCGCGAGAGAAAUCGGAGGAGCAUUCAUACCUCAACACACACACACACACACACACACUGCGCGACACGGUGUACGAGAGCGUCUGCAAAAACACAUACAAGCACACAGCCAUACACAUCCAACGUUAAAAGCGGCCUUCACUGCAGAGAACGAAGGGCAUUCCUUUCCCUUCUGUGACGCCUCGGCUUGUCGCUCUCCCGUGCGCGACUCCACAGAGCCCUCCGCGCGGCUUCUUCCCCCCCCCCCCGGACUGAGGAUAAGCACCGUACCACUCUCUUAACCAUUGCCUUCUUUCCACCCAGGAAGCUGCAAUUCUCAAGAAGACACACACAUACAUAUUCAUAUACAUACAUAUACAUAUAUAGUUAGAAGGAUAGAAAACUCAAGUAGAUAUCGUGUACGAACUCAGCGAUGCCUCCCUGCCAGCAAUUCGAAGAGCGACUCGCCUCGCUCUUCGCCUUGGAGCUGCGACGUCAAGGCGUGCCGGACGUCGAUGAGUGGCUGGACCGACUCCACACGUGCUGCAGCUACGUACCCACCGGCGCCAACGCACACGCCAGUAACGACGCGGCGAGUCUUACCUCGAGCUCGCGGCACAGGCCACCCGCGACGUGGGCGCUCGUGAUGGACAUGACAAAUGUAGCUCUCGGCGACCGGCCUGCCGUGGCGCUCUGUGAGUCGCUGCUCAAAGUGGACGGUCCCAACGCGCGUGGGCGGUCGAAUGAGAUCGUGGAAUGGCAGCUCGUGUGGCGCUGCUGCGGGCUGACGGACCGCGCUUUGCAUCACCUGCAGCUGCUCGUGACGGGCUGUGCGAAGCUGGCGGCGUUGGACGUCUCUGCCAAUGCGUUCACCGAAAGCGGCAUCGCAAGUUUGCUGCACGCGGCGGCGGAGGUGCCGUGCGACGUGAUCGUGGCGGACGACGUACGCGGCAGCGAGCUGAGCCAUAGCGGCCGCAGUUACCCAUCACGUGAGGUCAGCCCACCAUCGACGUCAGCGUUCCGCAUCCCCCCUGCUGCAGCGGGGGGAGGAGGAGAGGGGAAAGACAGCAAAGCUGAUGACGCACCACAACCGCAGCAGCAGCAGCAGCAGCAGCAGCGAGGACCGAUCGCCGCAGCUGGACACUCCCCGGUCGUCGCAACCGCGGCGACUCCGUCAAGUCAAAAGGAGCCUCCUACCGACAUCGACGCGGGCAGCCAACGCAGCCUCUCCAACAAAGCGCCGCAACAGCAGCAGCAGCAACAGCAACAGCAGCAGCAACAGCAACAGCAGCUGCCGCGGUCGAACCGGCUGCUGCAGCGGUCUCCGUCGCUCACCGCCACCUCCGCCUCCUUCUCCCACUCGCAGCGGAGUUACGCCAGCGGCAAUGCGCAAGCGCUACAGCGCAGACGAGAGGAGCUCUUCGGGCCGAGCUCGCCCGCCGCCGCCGCCGCCACGGCUUCUGUCAGCGCCUCCUCACCGGUGGAGGCCGAACGAGUGCCGGCGGAGCGCAACGCACCGGUGGAGAAAAAUGCGAAGACCGCCACGAUCGUUGCCUCAAUGGAAGCCGCUGCGGUUGCUGCUGCUGCUGCCGCCGCUGCUGAAACACCGGCGGCGCCUGGGCCUCCUUCCCCUUCCUCCCCGGCACCGGCACCACCGACGUCAGCGCUCGAUGGCAGCCAUUCCCCCUUCCGAACAACCACCACGGCGCCACAGACGCCAUCGGAGGCGAGUGGCGCGCGGCGUCGCGCAGCGCGUGGCGAGAAUGGAUACGGCGGCGAGGACGACGGCCAAAGCAAAGAAAGGACGACGAGGAGCGCCGACAGCGCGGCGGCGGCGCCAUCGCGGGAGCCGUUUGAGGACCGCAACGACCGCCUCGACGUCACCGCCAACCUCAGUCCAACGCUGGACAGCGUGUUGGACCUCUCCGCCCUCACAACACGGGAGGGCACGCUGCGGCAGGCACACAUGUUUGGCGGCGCCACGACUGUCUGGGAUGUGUUGGACGCCUACGAGCAGGCAGCGGAGCAGCAGCAGUCGCAGCAGUCGUGGACGAACGCCAGCGUCGAUGCGGCGCUCCGGGCGAGGUUGCCCGCCGCGUUGCUCGGAGGCACGACCUACAGCGCAAUCACCGUACUGAACCUCAGUCGGAACCACCUAACGCGUCUCUGCCCCCUUCCCGCGACGCUGCUGCGGUUGGAUGUCAGCUCAAACGACCUGACGGAGUUGGAGGGGCUGCACGCCUGCAAGGUGCUGACGGUAUUGAACGCACGCCGCAAUCACCUACGCGCGAUCGGCGGCCUCGAGAGGAACCUCGGCAUCGCGCACCUCUUCCUCGGACACAACCAGAUCACCCUCGUUGACGGACUCGCGCACUUGGUGCUGCUGGAGACGUUCGACAUCACAUUUAAUCAGCUGCGCACGCAGUCUUCGAUCCGAAUGCUGUCCCUCUGCUCCGCCCUGCGCCACCUCCUCAUACGCGGCAACCCAGUCGUGGAGAGCGGAAGGGUGGGCUUUACGGCGGUGCUGCGCAAUCUGUGUCCGACGCUGCUGGUAGUAGAUGAGCAGCGCGUGAACAGCGCAAAGCUCGCCGACAGGGCGUUGAUGCACCGGGGCUGGGGGCUUCCGUCCAACCUGAUCAGCAACACCAACCCGACGACGACUGCGGCUGCUGCCGCCUCCUCCUUCUCCCCUCUUCACUAUUCGGGGACGUCGUCGGCCUCGUCCGCGCUGGCCCACGUCGUAAUGGGCCCGCGCAGCGGCGGUAUUGGUGCCACCGGUGGUGAUCGGUCUGUGGAAGGCUCCACCGCGUCUUCCCUCCCGUUCACGGCCUCACGUCGUCGCGAGAAGAGCGACGGGAGCGGUGGCCGCCGUCCAGCCCCCUUUGCAGCAGACGACGGCGCCGCGGACGAGCGCUCGAUGGAGCUUCUGCGUCAGCUCACACGCGGCGUGACGGCCCCGACGGGCUACGGCGACUCUGCCAAGAGCCAACACGCCGCGCAGCACCUCGCCCAGCUAAAGAAGGCGGAGGAGGAAAAGGAAAAGCAGCAGCGGGAGUGGCGACUGACGGCCAACGGGCACCCACUGCGCGCGUUUGUGGUGAGGCAGCUCGCGGAGGAGUCGCGCAAGUACGUGGAGGACACGAUCCUGCGACGUGUCGCCGCUCAACAGCAGCAGCUGCUGUCAGUUGGCGUGCACAGCAACGCGGCGGCGUUGAUGAUGGCACAGCACACGCCUGUCAGCAGAGAAAAUGCCGAAGUCGCCGCACCGAAGAAAGGCGGCUCGAUGGAGCGCCGCACCGAUGCCGCUCCCCCACAGCCACAGGUGCAGCGUCCCAUGAUGGACGUCGUCGGCGGCGUGAACUCCCCCGCACGGUCCGUCACGCCGAAGGCAGCGGCAGCCGUUGAUCCUGCGACCGCGGAGGUGCUCAGGCGCUACGAGCUGCGAAGGAAACCGCCUCGACGUCGCUCGUCGGCGGCGGCGCUGCCGAAGGUGGCCACGACGCACGCGGCACAGUUGCGGGCCGCCUCUGCACGACGCAGCUUAAGCGCUUCUGCCUCUCGUUCAGAGAGCCCGACACGCGCCGCUGCCGCAGCGGCAGCAGUAACUCCUUCUCCUCCUCUGGCCACCGCUGCAUCCACUGUUGGUCCUGCGCGUGCACGUCCUCGUGGCCCGGGCGGGUCCAGGGCGCAGUCCACCCCCUCGCCGCCACCACCACCACCCCAACGCUUCUACGGCGGACACCCCGCUGACAAUGACGGCGACGCAACGUUAGAUGCCGUGUACGUGGAGGACCUGUGGAGCGGUGACCACCGUCUUGUCCACGAGGCCGGGUCAGAGGAGGGAGGUAACUCGUACGCCGCCCUGCACCUCGCUGAGAGGCACACGGCGGCCACGGCGAAGGCCGACAGCGCCAUUGGAGAGGCGGAACUUGAAUACUCGCCGAUCGCGAAGGAUCCACAGGCGCGACUGCUGGCCUCACUCAACACCACCGCCUCUCUCCACGAGCGCAGUGAGCACCGCGCACGUGCGGCGUCCGCCGGCCGCGCACAAGGCGUGUAUAACACUCCUCCCCCCGCAACGGACCACCGGCGCCGUCAUCCUCCUCCACAACCGACGCACAUCAAUGCGGCUCGCCGCAGCAAUCUGGUUGGGGCCAGCGAGGCCCACCGCGACCCGACAGACGUGGAGGAGACAGCGAUCUACCCAGCCAGCCGCAGCCACAGUCGCGCCUCUCGCGCAGGUAGCUCGCAGGCGUCACGGCGCCCCCCUUCACCCUCGUCGCGCGCCGCACCGGCAGCAAAAACAAGGCCGGCCGAAGCAGCCGCAGGAGGGAGAGGCAGAAAUGGCGGCGGUGGUGGUGGCGGCCGCUCCGCACGGCACGUCGAGCAGACCCCCACGCACGCACCUCCGCCCACUCGCUCCCGCUCCCGCAGCCCGUCGCUGCAGCCGCUGCACAUCGAUGCUGAACAGCGCAAUCGCGUGCAGUCGUGGACCUCCCAGCUAGCCGACGAUGCAGCGGCGGUGCAGGAGGCGCUGCAGACCCUCGUGGAGCUGCUCGAGGCGCAGCGGCAGCCGAACCAGCCCUACCCGGAGACCAGCCGUGAGCUGCCGCCAACCUAUGUGCAGGAGCGCCGGCGAUGUGUCGACAUUAUCCAGCAAAGCGGCAUGCUGGCCGACACGCAGGUGCCGAUGGACGUAGUCGUCUACCACGGCUUCAGCAGGGCGGAGCUGGCGGGGGAGAAGGACCGCAGCACCGACGUCGUGCCGCGGGAGGGCAAGGGCGAGCAGACGUGGCUGCGGGAGGUCGGCGAGCGCGCGGAGGUGCUGCGCCUGCUGCAUUUGCUAGGGGACGCCAAGACGUGCCUGCGCUACGUGUCGCUGCUGGUGGGCGAUGGGCGGGAGAAGCUGCUGCAGCAGUACGUGGAUCAACUCAAGGAAAGCCUGCGCACGUGA